AUGUCUGUGCUUAAGGCGGAGUUGCAGCGGGAAUUGCCGCUCCACCCGGAACCAAACAUGCUGGACCUUUACAUGACACGGUAUGACUACGACUACAAUCGAGACAUGGGCGAGACGGGCACCGGGGAAGGCACAUCUGGUGACGACGACGAGGGCAGUGUGAGUGGUGAUGUGCGCAAUCGACCCAUCUUUCGCUUUUGCCAGUCACUGGAAGGCUCCAACAACACAACUUACCUCACAGACUACGUGCGUCAUGACAGGGGUGUGAAGGAUCUUACGGGUCUUUUGCGCACGGCAUGUGGGGAGCAUGAUGUGGCCUCCGCCUUUGUGAGGGAUUACUAUCCCCCGGGCUUGAGGAAGCACGCCACGGAGAACGGUGCCCACCCAAUUUCAGUAUAUAAGAAAGAUUACACACACAGCGGCCGUGUCCCUAAGGGCAAGCCAAGCCUUUAUGCUGGCUCCCGCACCGCUGCAUUUGACCCAAAUUUUCUCCUUAUCCCAACAACAGAACAGGACCUUAGGGCGGAGGCGGUUUUGCCGCCAAAGAUCACAUCCAAGGAGUCUCUCCUGCCGAAAAUUUGCCCGUCAGAGGACAACCACAGUAAAGAGGGAACUUUGUUCGCGUCGCGCAGGCCACAGCUGACUAUUGCGGAUGGACCGCCGACGGACUACUAUUGCACGUCGUGGGUGUACGGUGACAGGAGCCUAGCCUACCCGAGCCAGUUACCACGUAGCAUUGAGGAGUCCCCUAAUGCGCACCUCAUAGGAACGAUGGACGACAAGGCAGCCUUGCUCUCUCUCCUUGCGGGGAAGAAAAAGAGGGUUGGCAAACCCUACCCGAUGGAAGACGAGACAAAUCCCAUUCCAAUUCGGAAGAUUGAGCAGCCCUACUGCGGGGUGACACGACGGCUUGAAAACGAAGGACACGUCAAUAUGAGCAUUUACCGAAGUGACCACAUCCAUCAAGGAAUGUUGCCGGAGCUGCCGGACGCGGUGGCGUUGGCUGGAGCUGAUACAGUGGGAGCCAGUGGGGAACGGCGGUUGGCAUGCGCGGGGGAGAUGUUAGCAGGUACUCUCACGCGCUAUACAAAGAAGAUUCAAUCCCUGCGCAACUCCCAUGGCAACCUUUUGAAGGAAAAUCCUGACCCGAAGAUUGUAGACCCAUAUACAUGGAGACAAAUAAAAUCCAUUGAGAAGCGUAUUGCUGUAGACAAGGCGGAUCCACAUCGUCACAAAUUGCAUUAA